AUGGUUCAGAUUCACAAUGAUCAUUCUCAUCACUAUGUCCAUUCUAAUGUAUCACUACUAGAAUUCAGUCUUUUAGGAGUAACUGUCAAGGAUUAUUCAACUUUUGAAUUUCUCUUUGCUUCUCGUUAUGAUAACCCUGCUGCACCUGCUGCACCUUCAGUAAGACUUAGGAAAACCACAUCAAAUCAUUUCAAAGGUAUCAAAAUUCAUGGGUACGUUGACAUAUACAAUGAUCCGAUAUCUACGAGUCGGUUUUUCGAGGCACAAUCCGAACUAAAUAAAUUAUUGCUUCAGGAAGAAGAUUAUUGGAAGCAAAGAGCGAAACUGCACUGGUUGACUGAAGGAGACCGUAACACUCGUUUUUUCCACCAAACGGCGACAGCUCGUAAUAAAUUUAAGCAUAUUGAUAUGCUUAGAGAGGAAGACGGGAUGGAAAUUCGAGACCAUGAGGGGUUGUGUGCUGCUGCGAAAAAAUAUUUUGAAGAGUUAUUUACAGCCUCGCAUAGUAACCAUGAGCCGGUUCUCUCACUUGUACAACCUGUGGUGACUAACGAGGACAACAGUAGGUUAUUGAAACCUAUAUCCAAAGAGGAACUUCAUAUGGCCCUGUGUGACAUGCACCCUAAUAAAUCACCGGGACCUGACGGUUUUAAUCCUGCCUUUUACCAAAACUUUUGGGAGAUAUGUGGUGAUGACAUUUGGAGGGCAGCUUCUGAUUGGUUAACUAGAGGUUACUUCCCUUCAUCCAUUACCGAUACAAAUAUAUGUCUGAUUCCCAAAGGAAAUACGCCUCAAAGUAUGAAGGAUUAUAGACCCAUUUCCCUUUGUAAUGUGGUGUAUAAAAUCGUCUCGAAAACUCUUGCGACCAGGAUGAAAUUUCUGUUGGAUAAAUGUGUGGCGGAAGAGCAAUCCGCUUUUGUUGAAGGAAGAUCUAUCCUUGACAAUGCAAUGGUAGCUAUGGAAGUCAUUCAUGCGCUAAAACGGAGAACUAAAGGAAGCAAAGCUGGUUUGGCCUUGAAAAUUGAUAUUAGUAAGGCUUAUGACAGAGUAGAUUGGAGUUUCUUAAGAGGAAUGUUAGUGCGGAUGGGUUUUGCGAAUGAAUGGAUACAUUGGAUUAUGAUGUGUGUUACAUCGGUACACUAUACCGUUCUUGUGAACUCGGACAGUGUGGGACCAAUCGAACCAGGGAGAGGACUCAGGCAAGGAGACCCACUGUCUCCUUACCUGUUUAUUCUUAUUACAGAAGGACUAUCCAAGCUCAUAAAACAUGCAACUGCUAGCGGGAAUAUUCAUGGGAUCCAAAUUUGUAGAGGGGCACCUCCGGUGUCCCAUCUACUCUUUGCUGACGAUUGUUUUUUAUUUUGCAGGGCAAAUCUAUCUGAAGUCGAAGAGAUCAUGAAAGUGAUUAAUAUUUAUGGAAUGGCAUCAGGACAAGAGAUCAAUUUGUCUAAAUCAGAGGUUUUUUUCAGCAACAAUUUGUCCAGACCGGCCCAAGAGGAUUUGGCGAGUAUUAUGGGUGUGCGACACGUUUUGGGGACUGGAAAAUAUCUGGGUUUGCCGUCUUUGAUAGGAAGAAGCAAAAAGGCCACUUUUUCUUAUAUUAAGGACCGUAUUUGGAACAGAAUAAAUUCUUGGAAGGGGCGGAGUUUCUCAAGAGCAGGUAAGGAAGUCAUGAUCAAAUCGGUCCUUCAGGCUAUUCCAUCCUAUGUGAUGAGUAUUUUCAUCCUUCCGGAUACUUUCAUUAAGGAGAUCGAGAUCAUGCUAAACUUUUUUUGGUGGGGUGGCGGGAACACGAGGGGAGGGAUACGGUGGAUGGCCUGGGAUAGAUUGACGCGUUCUAAGAAGGAGGGGGGUCUUGGUUUUCGGGAUUUCAAGGCGUUUAAUAUGGCAAUGGUGGCAAAACAAGGAUGGAGUCUCAUUUCUAAACCGCAUGCCUUGGCUUCCAGAAUUAUUAAAGCAAGGUAUUUCCCAAAUAAUUCCUUUUUUGAAGCAAAUAUUGGUUACAAUCCUAGUUUUGUGUGGCGAAGUAUUUGGAAGUCCCGAGAGGUUUUAAGUUUGGGAUGUAGGUGGAUGGUGGGGGAUGGUAGAAGUAUUGCGGUAAUGAAUGAACCAUGGUGUCGGGGGAGCAUUCAUUCUAGAUUGAGAGGACCUCAGAAACAAGAAGCGUAUUCUACUACAAUUCACGAUCUCAUGUUGCCUAAUGUGAAACAAUGGAACACUGAAGUUGUUAGUUCUAUUUUUGAUGCGGUAGAUACGGAUUUGAUUUUACAGGUUCCUCUCUUGGAAGAUGUUACGGAGGAUACUUUAAUUUGGAAGGAGGAGCAGGAUGGGAAGUAUAGUGUAAGAUCAGGAUACCGUCUUUGGCGUAUGGCUUUUCAUAACCAUGAGAAUGGGAACGUUACUGAAGAUUGGAAUAGUAUUUGGAAUAUUGUAGCACCACCAAAAGUGAAACAUCUAUUAUGGAGGAUCUGUUCAGGUUGCCUCCCAACUCGAUCUCACCUUAGGCAACGCUUUGUCAUGUGCCCCUUGGAGUGCGAAUUUUGCAAUCAUCAGUUGGAGGACGAGUGGCAUCUCUUUAUAGGAUGCGAGGCUACUAAUCUUUGUUGGAGAUCUUCAGGUUUGUCCAAUCUUAUUGAUUCCCGUCUUCACAUAUUUAACAAUUUUACGGCUCUUAUUUUCGAUAUUUGUAAAAAAGAAGAUAAGAAGCUAGCGGGGAGAUUUGCGGUGAUGAUUGAAUUAAUGUGGAAGAAUAGGAACGACCUUAUUUGGAACCAAGAAAGAGAAGAAGCAUCUAAAUUGGGUUUAUCUGCGUUCCACAGGUGGAAUGAUUGGUUUCAUGCUCAGGAGGUUAGCGGUUAUUCUGUUCAUUCACAAUAUGAGGUGGAGUGGAGGCCUCCGCCAUUGGGUUGGAUAAAAUGUAAUGUUGACGCAGCUUUUAAUAAUAACAAUGGUACUACAAAUAGAGGCUGGUGUAUGCGCAAUCAUUUGGGAAAUUUCAUCAGUGCAGGUACUACUUGGGAUCCAGGGACGCUUAGUGUUUUUGAAGCGGAAGCUUUUGAAGGAUAG